GUUUUGAAUAGACAGUUGUAUGUAAAUAGAAGUUAGGUUGGUCAAAUUAUGCAAUUGUCUAUUUUAAGCACAUUGUACAAAGUCAUUUAGGUAAGCAAAGUUCUAGAAUUCAGUUAUCUGCCAUAUUUAAGUUCCUCGGUUGGUUCUCCCAAUUCAUUGAAAUACACAACAGACGAGGCAUCAUUCAACUUAAUUGGAAAAUCAUAUUAGUGGGAAGAAGAAGAAGAAGAAGAGGAAGAAGAAGAAGAAGAAGAAGAAAGAGUAAUGGAGGAAACGAGACUUAGAUCAGUAGCAAUUGUGGUGAUUUGUUUGAUGCUGGGGAUGGUUGUGAAGGAUUCCACAGCCUACGAUAAGCAGAAGUAUGAAAGUUGCUUCAGUCUCUGUUGUCUGGAUUCCUACCAGCCUCCAUUUUCGUGCUCCUUCAAGUGCUUGAAAAAAGGCAUGAAGCCCGCAUUCACUCGAUUUGAAUCCGGCAACGAAUCAGCGAAGCGCAUUGUUUCCUGUAAGGUUCGCUGUGCUGAGUCCAAGUGCUCCAAAAUCAGCACCCAAAAACACCCAAAUGGAGAUCAAGUGGGUAUUUGUAUGGAAAAUUGCUCGAAGACUUGCAAGAGUCAGACUCCUCCUCAAGGGCCUAGGAGUUAAGAGUUUGGUUUCUGGUUGUUGUGACGCAAAUAAUUACACAAGUUAGGAGUGCCCAGAAAUCGUAUAUUAUCAAAAGAUCUUGUCCUGAAUAUUGUGAGCUUCAAGCUUAAUUUAUCAUCCAUGUAUUACCAUAUACAUGGAACUAUUUAUUUGUUCCUAUUUAAUUUAUUAAA